AUGAGCUUCAUUGAUCUAAACCUACCAGAUAACACCGUAGACCUCUUGCAUGAUUCUUCUCUUACUUCUUCGUCAAGCAACCCCGAGAAACGAGUUUUCUCAUGCAACUAUUGCAGGAGAAAGUUUCAUAGUUCUCAAGCCCUUGGAGGCCACCAGAAUGCUCACAAGCUCGAGCGGAACUUGGCUAAGAAAAGCAGAUACCUUAGCUCAGAAGUUAAUAAACUUUGGAACCAGAUAUAUUCCGGUGGUUCAAGCCAUGUUGGUUGGGUGCAGCCGCCAUUCAUGAAUCAGGGAUCACAUGUUGAGAUGAGAGAGGUGGAUAGUUAUUAUUAUAAUGGUGAGACUGGCCAAGAAGAUUUUCAUCAGCUUGAUUUGUCUCUCAGGCUUUGA